AUGUUGAGCACCCUGAGUAUUAACGCCAACGGCGAGGUCGUUGGCGGUUCCACCAAGUUCAAGCUUUCGAGUAAUCAUCUCUUCGCGGAUGCCUGCAACAACGAUCAGCAACAGCAGCAGGACCAGAAGAAGGCCACCGAAUCUGCCAAGGACAGCCUGAGCACCGCUCAGAUCGACAUGCUCAAGGGCGACCUCCAGGACCUCGAGGCCAGGUCCGCUGAGUACCGUUACCUCCUUUCGGCCAAGUUGAAGUGGCCUUUUUAG